UGGAGCGAGCCGCCCGCCAGCAUCCUCAGACGUGCCCCCCUCCGGGCGCACGCCCGGGCGACUGCCGAGAGUGCCAUGUCCGCCGCCGUGCGCCGAAGGUGCUCCCCCGUUGCCGACCGGCUUCAGAAGCUGCUCGAGAGGUGCGAGGCCCUGCUCCCGCCGCAGAAGGGCCCCCUCCCAGCGGCGAGCGGCGAGGGAUACUACGCGGCCCGAAGCGCGCCGGGCACAGCUGCGGCCGAGCAG